AUGUCAACCUCAAACUACUCCCAGGUAGAAUCUAAUAAUGAUGAAAGAUUAAACAGUCUAGCAAACAAGCUGGCUACUUUUAGGAACAUUAACGAGGACAUAAAUGAGCAAGCUGUAAAUGACAGUUCUUUGGUGGAUCAAAUCUCGAACACUUUUGGAAGCUUGUCCAACAAUAUCAGGAACUCGUCUUCUCGGCUGACGAGGACCAUGGGGAUGGGUAACAGUAUAUGGAAAAUGGUUGGGCUUGCAUUAUUGCUCUUCUUCAUCGUUUAUAAUUUAUAUAAAUUAUUCUGA